AUGCAUCAAGGUGAUUGCCAAUCGGUGCCCGUUCCCUUAGGCUACAACAUAGAAUAUCCGUACUACGGUAGCAGUGCCCGGGCUAGAUUCAGAUGUACGACCAUUACCGACCAACCACCGGUCAACAGCUGUCCAGUCGUCCAGUGCAAUGAUCUACAUAACUUGACAACCAAACCUUCAUCUUGUUCGGUGAAAGAUGUGUUCAACAACAGCCUGUCUGAAUAUGAAGGCGGAGUGACCUGUACAAUGAAGGGUGUUGUAUGUCAGAGAUGGGAUAGCGACUACCCCCAUAGGCCGAGCUUUUAUCGUGGUCGGAGUGAUCUUGGAAAUAGGUGCCAACUAGAAAGCGAGCAUCGCCCCUGGUGCUACACAACUGAUCCGGAGAUGAGGUGGGACUUCUGUCCAGUGACGGACAUGGACUGUGGGACUCCGCCAAUUAUGCUGAGCCCUUCAACCACGAUAGGAGUUAGAACCCAUACCGAGUGGCCAUAUCUAGGCACACAGGCGUUGGCAUGGUACCGGUGUGCGUCCUUUGCAACAGCUGUCCCCGUAUCCAGUUGUCCCGUGACGCGCUGUGACGGAGACCUCACGUGGUCGAAAGCCAAUGUUUCCUGUUCUGUGAAUGACUGUUAUGACGUCACCAGUCAGACCUACCAGGGCCGGGUAUCCUGCACAAACACGGGUUACACGUGCCAGCGAUGGGACAGUGAUACCCCACACGAACAUACGACACUCAGUGGACGCAGUGACCUUCAAAAUUGGUGUCAAAUGUCAGGGGAGUCGAAACCUUGGUGUUAUACUACUAUUCCCAGCGUACGAUGGGAGUUCUGCUCGGUGGAGCAAUGUCCUUUUGAUCCAUGACCUGGACCGAGAUUUUACACGGAAAGUGCCAUCUUUGUUUGUUGUCAAGAAACAUUUGCAGUCAGGAAAACUUGAAAUAAUUAACAUUAUCUUCAUAAGCAUGGUUCGCGCGUUUAAUAUUUACUGCCCUAGAGUGAUCAUUAACUGUAACCAAAUUUUCGUUUGUACUUUGACAGUUUUUUCUCUCGGAUUUUUACCAAAGUAUAUACUGUUCUAAGAAUCAAGCGUUUUAAAUAGAAAUGCAUGAUUAGUUGUCUUCUUUGGACGAAAACAAAACGUAUUUGUAAUAAAAAAAAAUGU